CACCGAGAGCAAUGGCAGAAGCAGAGGUGAACAACAUGCAUCUGAAGGCAGAACUUAUUGCAAUGCAGAGACAUCCCCUGCUCCGUCAUCUGUUUUUGUCGACACUUGUGAAGCUCGCAUGCUACAUUCGAAGGUGCCGUAGCUCUUGGAAGUCCUAUCUUGAAAAAUCUGAAGAGUGGAGAAACCAACGAAAAGACGAGGAACAAGAGACAAGUGCGCUUCGUUUUUGGGAUCUAGAAGCGGCCAGGAAG